GCUUUUGUUACAACCCAAGUGCCUGGAGUUGAAUCAGCUUUGCCUGCUAGAACUAAGCAUGCCGUCUCAACAAAAAUGCAUUGUAGUAUUUGCCUUGGUAUGCUGCUUUGCAGUCCUGGUUGCCUUGAUAUUUUCUGCUGUAGACAUUUGGGGGCAGGAUGAAGACGGAAUCACAGAGAACAACUGUAACACAAACUGUCGAAUUGUUCUUGUAGAAAACAUCCCUGAAGAUCUAUAUUAUUCUGACAAUGGCACAUUAUAUCUUCCUCUUAACUUGGGACUGCUCAGCCUGUUGGAUUCAGCAGAAAAGACAGUGGAAAUUGUAUCUUCUCACUGGAAUCUAAAUGCUACAGAUAUGAAACAGAUUCACCCUUCAGCCUGGCAGGGACAGGAAGUGUUUAAAAGACUUCUAAAUCUUCAUUUGCAUCAGAAAAGCCUGAAAAUAGCAAGUGAUUUGAAUCACAAAGAAUCCAGUGAACUGAAACAACUUGCUAAACAUGGUGCUGAAGUUCAUUACCUAAACAUGACAGCUUUAACUAAAGGACAAAUGCACGCAUCUUUUUGGGUGGUGGACAAGAAGCACAUUUAUAUCGGAAGUGCAAAUAUGGACUGGCAUUCCAUGGCACAGAUGAAAGAACUUGGUGUGAUCAUCUACAACUGCAGCUGCUUGGCCCUGGACUUGCACAGGAUGUUUACCCUUUUCUGGCAGCUCGAAUACAAAGAGUUUAUCCCAACAAUAUGGUCGAAGAGGAUUUUUGCCAUUGCUAAUAUUGAAAAACCUCACAAUCUAACUCUGAAUGACACAAAUUAUGAUGUCUUUUUAUCCAGCUCUCCAAAUAUCUUUUGCCCUAAGGGCCGAACCAAAGAUAUUGAUGCCAUUUACAAAGUGAUUUCUGAUGCUCAAAGGUUCAUCUAUGUAUCUGUAAUGGACUAUUUACCUCUUAUAAACAGAAGUAACUACCAUACAGAAAAUGAAGUGUCACUGCAGAGAUAUUGGUCCCGUGCUGAUGAAAUGCUCAGAGAGGUGCUUGUUUUACGUAGGAUUAAAAUACGACUUCUAAUAAGUUGCUGGAAGCAAACUCAUCCCCUGACUUUUAACUUUGUGUGGUCUCUGAAGACACUUUGCACAGAUUUGCCAAAUUGCAGUCUAGAAGUGAAAUUCUUCACCCCAAAAGACCAACACAACAACACAUUUCAAACAGUCAAUAGGAACAAAUUCAUUGUGACGGACAGAGCUGUCUACAUUGGAAACUUUGACUGGGUUGGAAAUGACUUCACCUACAAUGCAGGUGCUGGCUUAACCAUCAUCCAAAAGGGUGCAAAACCAGAUAAAACUAAUUCCACAGUGAUCGAGCAAAUGAAGGCCAUUUUUGAGUGGGACUGGUACUCUCGUCAUGCCAAAAGUUUACAAGCAAAUAAGAUUCCAGAGUGCAUUAAGCAAAAACUAAGUAAACCAGCAUCACUUAAAAUCCCACCUGAAAGCAUGGAAGGGAAGGAUAUUUUUUAAACUACAGACUGGAAGUUGUAUCUCAGUGUAGAGAAAACCACCAAUGAGAGCAAUUGAAUCUGCCCGUUCUGGUCCCUAGGCCAAAG